AGGCAGGCUGUCUAGUACUUGAUCAAUAAUAUAUAGAUUUAUAAUUUUCAGUCUUUUGUAUACAACUCUUUAGUUUAGUCCUUCUCAAAAUCACUUAAUAAGUUAGCUCCAUAAUACAUCAUUUUGUUAUUCCAUUAAAACUUUUGUGUUACAUAUUAUUCAUUGAUCAUGUCGAAGGUGACAACCGGGAUUCCGAUCCCCCAGCAGUCCUAUGCUCCUCAGCCUCCGCCGCAGUAUGGCCAGCAUCAACGUACUAGCGGAAGUUUUUCUACUGGUCUUUGUGAUUGUUGCUCUGAUAUGUCGUCAUGUUGCCUAACAUGUUGGUGUCCUUGCAUCACCUUUGGACGGAUAGCAGAGAUAGUUGACAGAGGCUCAACAUCAUGUUGUACGAGUGGAACCUUAUACACUCUACUUUUAUGCUUAACUGGGUGCCAAUCGAUAUACUCGUGCACCUACCGCUCAAAGUUGAAGGCACAGCUUGGAAUGCCAGAUAACUGCUGUGCGGAUCUCUGUUCCCACUGCUGCUGUGAGUAUUGUGCCUUAUGUCAAGAGUACCGUGAGCUUCAACACCGCGGCUACAAUCUUGCACUUGGAUGGCAAGGCAACAUGGAAAGACAAAACCCUGGAAUCGCGAUGCCUCCACAAGUGCCUUCUGGAAUGGCGCGGUACUAAGCAUUUGCAGUACCAGAUUGAAAGGUCUCGGUGAAGUUGGGAGAUUUCGUAUGUAUUACAGAUUUACAGACAUGUUUAAUCAUGUAAUAUGCUAUAAGUAAGCAACUUUUUAGUAUUAUAGUAAUGUAUUCAUGAUUAAGGUGUAUUUUAACUUCAUACACUAUUCCAAUUAUGACA